UCCGCGACGACUAAAAUCGCACUUUGUGAUCAUCACGUGACAUUUUACCCGCGCUCAAACAUAUUUGGAGGGAAAGAAGGUCCGUAAGUUGACUGCUUCUGACAACUAUCAUCGGUCUUCAAGAACCAGAGAUCUUCACUUUCAAGCCAAGAUGUACGUCGUUAAACGAGAUGGCCGUCAGGAGAAAGUUAUGUUCGACAAAAUCACUUCCAGAAUAUCCAAGUUGUGCUAUGGACUUAAUAUGGAAUUUGUUGACCCGACCGCCAUAACUCUGAAGGUGAUCAGUGGUCUCUAUCAUGGAGUGACAACCAUCGAACUUGACAAUCUGGCAGCAGAAACAGCUGCUACCAUGACAACAAAGCACCCUGACUACGCUCAACUGGCUGCCCGCAUUGCUGUCUCUAAUCUUCACAAGGAGACAAAGAAAGUCUUCAGUGAUGUGAUGGAGGAUCUACACAAAUGGGUGAAUCCAAAGACUGGGAAAAAGUCCCCAAUGAUCGCUGACGACAUCCACGAAAUCAUUAUGAAAAAUAGUGAUAAACUGAAUUCUGCUGUGAUAUAUGAUCGUGAUUUCAACUACAACUUCUUUGGGUUCAAGACUCUUGAACGAUCUUACUUGCUGAAGAUUGAUGGAAAGGUUGCUGAACGUCCUCAACACAUGUUGAUGAGAGUUUCGGUGGGCAUCCACAGAGAUGAUCUGGAAGCUGCCAUUGAGACUUACAACCUCCUGUCCGAGAAGUGGUUCACACAUGCCUCCCCAACUCUGUUCAAUGCUGGCACACGUCGACCACAACUCUCCAGCUGUUUCCUGUUGACCAUGGAUUCUGACAGCAUCGAUGGUAUCAACGACACAUUGAAGAAAUGCGCUCUCAUCUCCAAGUCUGCAGGGGGUAUUGGUCUCAACGUCCAUUGUAUCAGAUCUACGGGCAGCUAUAUUGCAGGCACCAAUGGAACUUCUAAUGGCCUCAUUCCAAUGUUGAGAGUGUACAACAAUACUGCUCGCUACGUCGACCAAGGCGGCAACAAGAGACCGGGUGCGUUCGCCAUCUACCUGGAGCCAUGGCACUCGGACAUCUUCGAGUUCCUGGAUCUGAAGAAGAACGUAGGGAAGGAGGAGACGAGGGCCCGGGAUCUGUUCUACGCCAUGUGGUUGCCCGAUCUGUUCAUGGAGAGGGUGGAACAGAAUGCAGAGUGGACUCUGAUGUGUCCCCAUGAGUGCCCGGGGUUGGCUGAUGUGUGGGGAGAGGAGUUUAAGAAGCUCUAUGAAGGGUACCAGAAGGCUGGCAAGAGUCGUAAGGUGAUCAAGGCUCAGCAGUUGUGGUACGCCAUCAUCGAGUCUCAGACGGAGACCGGCACCCCCUACAUGCUGUACAAGGACCACUGCAACAGGAAGAGCAACCAGCAGAACCUGGGCACCAUCAAAUGCAGCAAUCUGUGUACAGAGAUCGUUGAGUACAACGCUCCUGAUGAGGUCGCUGUGUGCAAUUUGGCUUCAAUAGCCCUGAACAUGUAUGUGAAACCUGACAGAACGUAUGACUUUGGCAAACUGCGGGCGGUGACCAAGGUUGCUGUGAGGAAUCUCAACAAGAUCAUCGAUGUCAACUACUACCCAGUCAAAGAGGCUGAAAACUCCAACUUCCGCCAUCGUCCAAUCGGUCUGGGUGUUCAAGGGCUGGCUGAUGCUUUCAUCCUGAUGCGUUAUCCCUUCGAAAGUGAGGAGGCCCAGUUACUGAACAAGGAAAUCUUCGAACACAUCUACUUCGCUGCCCUGGAGGCUAGUUGUGAGCUGGCAGAGAAGGAAGGACCCUAUCAAACGUACAAGGGGAGCCCGGUCAGCAAGGGGGUGUUACAAUUUGACAUGUGGGGUGUGAAGCCAGUCACCAAACUUGACUGGACAAGUCUGAGAGCCAGAAUUGCCAAACAUGGUGUGCGGAACAGUUUGCUGUUGGCUCCGAUGCCCACAGCAUCCACAGCGCAGAUCCUCGGCAACAACGAGUCCAUCGAACCUUACACAUCCAACAUCUACACACGGAGGGUCCUGUCUGGGGAGUUCCAGGUGGUGAACCACCAUCUUCUGAAGGACCUGACGGAGCGUGGCUUGUGGAACGAUGAGAUGAAGAACAAGAUGAUAGCCAGUGGAGGUUCUAUCCAGGGCAUUGAGGAAAUCCCUGAAGACCUGAAGAACCUGUACAAGACAGUGUGGGAAAUCUCCCAGAAGACAGUCAUCAAGAUGUCUGCUGACCGGGGUGCAUACAUAGAUCAGAGUCAGUCUCUCAACAUCCACAUCGCGGAACCCAACUACGGCAAACUCACAAGCAUGCAUUUCUAUGCAUGGAAAAUGGGUUGCAAGACUGGUAUGUACUACCUGAGAACAAAGCCUGCUGCAGCUGCCAUUCAGUUCACUGUGGACAAGUCCAAGCUGAAACAACAGAAGGAAACCCCUAAAGAGAGCCAGGAAGAGAAUAUGGCCGCCAUGGCGUGCUCACUGCAGAACAAGGAUGAUUGUCUCAUGUGCAGUGGAUAGAGAAAUAAAACUUGAUGAUCGUGCCUCAAACAUCUCCGACAAAACAAGUGCUUUCUCCUUCCCUGUCAGUUUCUCCCAAGUACUGUCUACAAACUGUUUGCUAAUGUUCAUUGUAAGUUGUUCAUGCUCAAACUGCCCAUGGCUGUAGUGAAUCGUUACAAGAUCAUUUCCAAGUGUUGAUGUAAGAUUGCUUUCACAGAACCUUGAGUAAAUAGCCGAAAUAUUGUGUUUUACAAAUAUGACUGUUACAUUGUAUUUGUUAACUGUCAGAUGUUGCUAUGGUUACUGUGUUUCAGUUCAUGUCUAGUAUAUGAUCAGCUGGAACAUUUAUCGAGUGCUGUAAGUUUGACAUUGUUAUGAUUGAUGGAUAAUUGAAGUGUAAGUCCAACAUGACUCUUGUUAUUAACCUCUAUCUCAUCCUCAGAGGAAGAACUAAAGACUAUAAGUUAUUCUUUUUAUUGAAAACAAAGGAGAUGGGCAGAAUAAAAAAAAUUUCCACUAAGGAAAUGUGAUGAAAUUGUACAGAUUGGUUUUCCUCCUUAUCCAAAAGAGAUAGCUUACCCAACCCCACCUCACAUCUAACCGCGAGGAAUGGAAGCGGUGUUUAAACAGCAAGUGGUGCCCAACCCAUUAUGUUCAGUGGUUUGGGUGUUGGAUCGAAAAAAGCACCUAACCUGAUGAUUGUACUAGGAUUGCUUGAUAGGAAUGUACUGUCUGAUAAUGAUCAUUAAAACAAGUGUACUAAUAAAGGGAGAUCGAAGGUGUGAAGGCAGUGUUUGGUGUAACAUACCCUGACCCUUACAUAGCUAACACUAAGGAUUGAAGAGGCAUGUGUGAUCUUCUGAGUUGGUUUGUAAAACAGUAACCUGUGCUGUUUCCUGAUAUUGCUCAGCGAAAAAGACGAGUCUUUUUGCUGUGUGUUGUUUUUCAGCCACAUUGCUGAUACAGAUGUGUAUGAUAUGUAACAGCUGUUGAAGAUACUUGAAACUGAAAGUCAUUUGUGGGAUUCACAGCUUUUGUUUGACAUUUAUCCUGAUAUAACAGUUGCUAAAUGUCAAGAAUGCAUAAUUAUUUCUUAUCCUGAAGAGCUUUCCCAGGUACUGCUGGAACCACGAACCAAGGUCAUUGAUUUGAAAUUUGCUGGAUUUCUUCUAAGCCAUUUGACAUUCCAUUAUUGCAUUCUUCUUGGAUCAAAAUCUUCACAAUGAUCAUCAACCACCAAUUAUCUGUCCUUCCAAACCUGUGGUCUGUGAACGUUGUUCAUGGGUAGUAUAAGUCCCUCCAUCCUAUGCGUGCCGUUAAACAUUACAUACAUAUGACAUGUAGUUUUAUUCAGGGUAUACCUCGCAUUUAGGUUAAAAUGAACAUACUUGUUUCAAUUAACCCUGUUUGUCAUUGUUUCCUUUGUCACUCCAAUAGUUGUAUCAUAGCCUGAAGCCAUCAAUAUGCCCGUGGCAGAUUCUUCUGCAUAUUGCUGCAGUUAUGCCAAUAGCUGUUGUGACCUAAUCUGAGAAAGUCGAAUGUCAUGUAAUUUGGUGCUCAUGGUAUAUAAUUACUCGGGAUAGUAUUAGAGAAAUGACAGCUUUGCAAAACAAGAACUCCCAAUCACCACCCCGAUCAGGAUUUUAUGGGACAAGUGUACAGUUACUUUGACACUGUAGUAACACUUUAACAUUUACACUAGAGGGGUGGCCUAGGACAACCUAGUGGUCAAAACGUCAGCUCGUCUCACAGAAGAACCGGUUGGCUUCCCCACUGGUUACAAUGCGUGAAGCCCAUUUCUUGUGUCCGCUGCCAGAAUAUUGCUAAGAGCAACCUAAAACUCACCUUUACCCUGGUAUAUUCCAUUAAUGAAUAUCGUACUUGUGGCAAUUGGGUAUUAAUCUUCAUUCAUUCAGAAUCCCCUGGAUCAUAGAUCAUAACAUCAUUCAAUGGAGUCUCUGGUCCAGACUUAAUGUUUAUAAGCCAUUGUCAUAUGACUGGAUUAUUGACAGCAGGAAAACAAUGGCAGCUGUCUGAUAGAGAACUGAAUUGGUCCCCAGCUUAUGAUGACUCCUUGUUCAAGUUUAAAUGUUACUAUUGUUACUGAAUUGUUUCAGUUAUUACACCAGUCAACAUGAUCUGAUUCCUGUCACCCCAUUUCUCUGUAUUCAGUACCGGAUUAAACUUUUUUGACAGGUUCACAACGUCCAGUGAAUGUGCUGUAUAUAGAACUAAUGUUUGUUGUAUACCUGUUGCCAUAGUAACUGUGUAGACCUCUGUCUUUAUCUGUAAGUGCUUUUUCAGUAUACCACCAGAGUAUCGGACAAAAUCUUAAAAUCUAACAAAUUCAAAGCAACUUUUAGGCAUUUUAUACUGAUUUUGUGCAUUAAUUUAUUACCUUCAGUGCAAUAAAUAUACUGAGGAAA